AUGAGCGAAACAAAAAAAUUUCAAGUUCCUUCUCCUAUCCCAGAGAAGCUUUAUAGGCUAAUAGACGGUUUUCGUCUGUCUAAAGCGCUAUUUGCAGCAUGUGAAUUGGAAGUCUUCGACAAACUGCGGUCCGCAUCCUCACCACAAUCGGCCGACGACAUAACAAAGGCAUUGUCCUCCGAUCUAGACGCCACUACACGUCUCAUGGACACCCUUGUGGCAAUGGAAUUGCUAGAAAAAUUCAAACAGGGUGACCAGUGUUUGUACAGUAAUUCUGAAAUGGCCACUAAAUUUCUCACCAAAGACAGUCCAGAUUCGUAUCUAGAUAUGAUCGCAUUGAUAAACAAAACGACAUAUUUCAUGUUUGGAAAUUUAGAAAGCGCAGUUCUUGAAGGAACUACGCAGUGGAAGAAGACGUUUAGAAUGUCUGCAGAAGACUGGUUUCCCAAUUUUUGUAACACCGAAGAAGCCAAAUUACGGUUCAUGGGGGCCAUGCAUUGUAAUUCACUCUAUGCAAGUUAUGCUGCUGCUAAAGCCAUUGAUCUAAGCGCGUACAGAAGCUGCUGUGAUCUAGGAGGUAAGUCAAAAAACGGAAAGUUGGAAUACAUCACACGAUAUUUUUAAACCUUUGCCUGUCAGCACUGUGAAAACAAUACUGGCUGAAGUUUAUUCCACCCCUUCUGAACGAGCAAUAUAAAGAAACCACGAUCAACAAGAAGACGCCCGAAGGCGUUUACGCGGGAUGUGUUGGUGUAAGAAAGAAUUACCAGCAUGUUGAAUGGCAAUGGAAAGUUGAGUACUGCAUGCAACAAAUGUGUGAAGGAGAGACGGAGAUGUUCUGUUAAGGACUAAUACACUAGAAGAUGAGUUACACACAAGGGUUCCUUUGCUACUCAAAACAAAACUUACAUCAAUAUUACCACCAUAUAUCUUAGGAGUAUGGGGUAGUUCACCAAAAUUUGCAUUCCUUUACUAAUAUCCUCAAAAAAUGCACUUCCACAUUCAACAAUAGCAUGUAAUGUAUCAUACUUUCAAUAACUACAGGGGUGCAAGGCUGUGCUCUAGGGAAAAUUUCAGGGAGCCUUUCGGGCUCCUCAAGCAUUCUUAGCUGGGAUGCCCGGGCCUCCAAGUUGGUCGCCCAAAUUAAUAAAUCAAUGAGCUGUUAGUUAAAUUAUUUUCUUAACAAGUCAAGCAGAAUUUUGUGAAUGUUUUUUUCAUGCAAAAUCACAUCCCUUUGACCGGGCUCCUGAGCGUGCGAAAAAAAAAAGCCCGCAUGUUGUCAUAUGAAAGUAAGUUUUCGCGCCAUAUUAGAAACAUGGGCAACGCCGCCGAAUAUUUCAUGUUUUUUAAAUGGAAAAGUAAGAUUCUGGUCUGUUUAUGUCUAUUUGGAGUUAUGAAAACCGGGUUAGCACACAUUUGUAAUUUUUCGCAACUUCCCCUGUCUAAUAGCUUGACAUAUGUUUACUGUGUUGGUUGGUUAUGUCGUUUUUUUUUUUUUCCUUGUUUUGUGGCUAGGGAUCCUUGUAGAAGUAGAUGUAGACUGAAUUACUAUCUUACCCCCCUCCCGAUUUUUUUCCUUACCUACAAUUCUUUAUUUAACACAAGUGACAGUUAUUUGAAAUCAGCGCGCGCCUAAAGCUGGUUUCGGUGCCGCUUAGCAGUUUAGUUUAAUAUUGGUCACCUUGAGAAAAGUUUCCCGGAGAACAUCAUGUAAAGCUCUGAGAUGGGACAAAGUUAUUACGAUUCGCAAGUCUGACUCCUGUUCAAAAUCCGUUAAGAAAUUGUGUAAAUCGCUCCUAUUUACCAGAAAAAUGGCCACAACAGCCUUCAACAGAAAUAAGAUAGAGAUGGAGAAACGCGUUAAUUACCGUUUUUAAUAUUCCCGAUGGGGAAAACAAGGCUACCUUUUUGGAGGUUACGUGUCUGCCAAGAAUUUUUCGCUGGGUUUACACAAAAAUUCUAUCCAAGCAAGAUUUUCGGAAAAUUAGUUGUAAAUGUGGUAAACAGCAAACGAUCUAUGAAAUGGAAAUUUAAAAUUCCAUAUUUCUCUCUGCUCUAGGGGCUGUGGGAACUCUCGCCUAUGCUCUCUGUCAGUUCUACCCUGAAAUGAAGAUAACAGUUUGUGACUUGGAGCCAGCCGUGAGUUUAGCCCAUCACUUCCGACCAUCAGUGGAAGCAUGCCCAAAUCAAGCCAAUGUUUCAUUUGCGGUCGGCGAUUUCUUCAAACCUGAAACCAUACCGAAGGCUGAGCUGUAUGUGUUGUCUCACGUUCUCCACGACUGGUCAGAGGAUAAAGUUGACUUGAUUCUUUCAAAUGUCUACAGGUGCUUACCCUCAGGUAAUUUUAAUAGAAAGAAGGUUUUACCGUUCUUUAAGGGAUCCAGCACGCACGUACGGAAGUAGGUGCAUGAAAUUAAAUCCAAGCAGAAAAUACUAGGUUCCGCACGUAACUUACAGUUCGGAUCAAGAAAACAAGGUUUAUUAUGUCUCUCGUUUAAUUACAAACUGAGAGGGCAUUAAGGAUUACAGUUCAAGCAGGAAAGCUGUAAAUGAUCGAUGUGAAUGAAAUCCUACACGCGAGCGUCAAAAAUCGUGGCUUUGUGACCGCAAAACACUUAACACACCCAUAUUAAACUCCAAACUUACAAGAAACGCCGUAACAGCUUUACAAUGUUUUUUCCCUUAUGAAUUGUAACCAAAACGAACUUUAAUUCUGAAUUCACGGUCUUAAGUCUUUAAGCGAAAUGAGCCCGCGAACUGACUGACGAAGAAGUGCUUUGGUAACAAAAGGUGUUUUAACCUAGUAUGCAGACUACACGGUGACGGUUGACAGUGCAUAUAGAAAUGGCACAUAAGAUUAUUGUAUGACCAAUCAUCUAUCAUUUCAGGCAAUUACGUCGACAAUGUUGGAGACGUUAUAACUGCCUCAGUAACUGAGGGACUAAAAACGACUGGAAGUAAUCGUCUGAGAUUGAGGCUACUCUGGUGCCAUCAAAGGCAAACAACGCGCCAUUUUUCAUACCUCAUUUAUUUUUCUAGGUGGGGGACUCCUCAUUUGCGAACGGAUUUUAAACGAAGACAAACGUGGCCCAUUGCCUUCUCUCAUUUUCAGCCUUCUAAUGUUGGUGUCCACAGGUGGAAAAGAGAGAUCAGCUCCAGAAUUCAAGCAUCUCCUGGAAAAGCAUGGGUUUAUAGAUGUUCAAGCGAAACGUGUUUAUUUUACUCAAGAUGCCAUUUUCUGCAGAAAGAUGUAACAUGCAGCAACCAUUGCAUAAAAUUAAGUUGAACACUGGCUUACAAUUGACUUAUGGUCAUUGAAUGCCAGUGAAUCGAUUUAAAUUAUUUAUAUUAGAAUUGGGUAUCCUUUCCCAGUAGGAUAGCCAUGGCAGCAGUUGCUAUGGCACCGAGCGCAAAUUAACCAUAAUAAAACUGCCCCUGGGGGAGCUUUUCUGGCAGUGUUACGGACUUGUAUGGCGUUACAGCGUGAAAUGGGUCACGUGAAACUUGACGUUUGCAAUCAUGUGACUUAAGCGUUUUUCGCUUUUUCCUGUUCUGAAAUAAAUUUCUCUCUCUGUGGUUGAUAUUUAUCGAUGUGGAACCUUAAGAUCCUUUAAAUUCCUUAAAACCAGCGACUAACGCCCUAUAAAGCGUUACCUUCUCUUACAGGCAGCUUAAUUUUGAUUUAGGGACGGACCAUCAGAUAAUUCAGUUCAUAUCAGAAGACCAAAUAUGUGAAGUUGUUGUUCUAGGUUAAGUAUUAAUAUAGAUGUCACUGGCUUACGUAUAUUAACACUGGCUUUUGUGGUGGCCGGGAUAGAAGAGGGGGCAUCAGAAAAUCUUUUACCGUCAAUGUGAAGGGAUCAAACCCACACUGCAUGCUUUAAGGGGAGAUAACCUAAGUGCUCCGCUGUCGCAACAAAAAUCCUCAAGGCGAUAAAUAAUGACCGGUCCCUUAUGCGGAAAGUGAACGAGCAACGACGAAGUUUAUUUCUCUUUCUGAACUUAGAUAGGGUCCCUAGGAAUUCAAGUCCAGUUGGGUUCACCUACAUUCAGUCAAAGUCAGUAGGUAUGAAUAAAAAAGAGUACAAAUUCACUUUUUAAGCGACCUUCUCGUUGCCGUCGCGUGGUUUUAAAGUUACUAAUUAUUAGAGCAUGCGCUAACGCUGUUAUCAGCUCUUUGCUCCGGCACUAUACUGGACGCCAUGAAAAUCAUACCGCAUCGAUAGGGCUUCUGUUCACACAUAAGAACAGUUGUGGCGUGAUUUCUGUGACGGGGCGAAGCUGCGCCGCGCCGAUCUCUGUAGAGGAGAGUGAGAUAUCGGAUAGAUGUUCACACUAUAACUGAUAGCUUUUCGUGGCGCCACGAGAAAGCCAUCCCGGUGUAGUGUGAACAUAACCUAAGGGCGCUUUUCAUAAGUCAGAACUGGCCGGCCGGACCAUGGCCAGACCAGGCAUUUUGGCAAUGAAAUAGGCGUUUUCCAAGAGGUUUUGAUGAAAAACCAUCGCCUUUGUGCAUAAUGUGUAGGAUUUGACUGAUCUGGAUGGUUAACGUUGAUUAAAAGUGAAAUUCUCAUUACGAUGGGAAUGGGCUGGCCAGUCAGUUCUGACAAAUGGAGAGCGCCCUGGGUUGACUGGGAGUCUGGCAGGCUUACCCUCUUUUCCAUUAGACAACUUUUCUCUCUAAACGAGGCCUUUCAAAGGGCGCCCACGGGGUGUUAGCAAAUUAUUGCGUCAUUGUAGCGGGAAAGCUCGUCACGUGAUCUGAAAACUGAACUUUGUACAAGAGUCUAUAGGAACUGUGUAGUCAUUCGGAGUCGUGGAGCUGAUCGAGUGUGUAGAUUGAGUGUUUGAUCAUCGAAACUUUACGCGAAUUGAUGUCGAUGAAUUCUUUAAGUGUAAAACAGAGUACAGAACUCUAAAAUAUGAACAUGUGAAAAAAUAUACUUUCAAGGCAGUGACGAAUUAAAGCUAAGUGGAACUGGUUGUAUCACACAUAAUUCGUGACACGUGGUAUUACACGACAGCAUAUCAAGCUGAUCAUGCAAUAGCCAAACAUGCUGAGCCGGUUAGAAUCCAGUUACCGUAAAUUCCGAAAAUAAGCCCCUCUAUGCAUAAGCCCCCCAAACCGGUAACGCAAAAAACCCUCCGUUAAAUCGCCCCUCCAAAUAUAAGCCCCCCGGGGUCUUGUACUUGCAAAAUUGCCCUCAAAUACAAAGUAUAACAAAGCAAAAAUGGUAAAUUUACUUUCAACUAUAAUGCUAGCCCAAUCGAUUUUGAAACACAAAUUUCCUUCCGUAGAUAAACCCCUCCGAAUAAAAGCUCCUCCAAAAGUAAGCCCCUCAAAAAGGGCCUUUGAAAAAUAUAAGCCCCGGGGCUUAUUUUCGGAAUUUUACGGUACUUUAAGACGGAAUCCAUCAGGAAAUUGAGUAAUUUUAAUUUUCAGUGGACAAAAACUUUGUACCAGAAUAAUUUAAACAAUAUGGCAUUCUUUUUGACAUUUUUCAAGGGCUAUAGAUGUAAUUAGUUAUCUUUAAUAACACCAAAGAAAAUUUCUUAUCGAAGCCCAAGAAAACGUAUGUCAAAUUGCACAAAAUUACAUCUUACACAUGAAAUUUUCAGCGUUUUACCUACGUUUUCACAAUUCUUGUAAAAUUUGACAUUUAUUUUCUCGGGCUCCCAUGAUGGAUUCCGUGUUAAUUUGUUCGUCCCCAUUUUAAGACUUAAAUGACCUUGAGGGCAGAAGCCUGUUCACUAGCGUCAAUUAGGUGCCCCGGAUUUCAUUGCUCGCAGUGUAUGACACAUAGCGUUCGGGAUAACAGCUCGCGUAUUUCUCAAAAAAAAAAGAAGACAAAAUGAGCUAAACAAAAAAAUUUCAAGUUCCUUCUCCUAUGCCAGAGAAGCUUUAUAGGCUAAUAGACGGUUUUCGUCUGUCUAAAGCGAUAUUUGCAGCAUGUGAAUUGGAAGUCUUCGACAAACUGCGGUCCGCAUCCUCACCACAAUCGGCCGACGAUAUAACAAAGGGAUUGUCCUCCGAUCUUGACGCCACUACACGUCUCAUGGACACCCUUGUGGCAAUGGAAUUGCUAGAAAAAUUCAAACAGGGUGACCAGUGGUUGUACAGUAAUUCUGAAAUGGCCACUAAAUUUCUCACCAAAGACAGUCCAGAUUCGCAUCUAGAUAUGAUCGCAUUGAUAAAAAAACGACAUAUCCCAUGUUUGGAAAUUUAGAAACCGCCGUUCGCGAGGGAACUACACAGUUGAAGAGGAAGUUUGGAAUGUCUACAGAGGAAAGUUUUGUGAACCUCUUCUGAACGAGCAAUACAAAGAAACCACGAUCAAAAAGAACGAAACCGCGUUUGGUCUCACAGCGGCUGAACUAAAUUAAUAGUCGACUGAAUACAAUAACAUAGAGAAAUUUUGAGCCAAGAAAAAUGACUUAAGUAAUUUGCAUGAUAUAGUCAGAUUUUCAUUCCAAAUGUAUCUCAUUCUUCUUUUCUUAAAGUCGUCGAUUAAACCCAGGCUUAAAACUACUUAUGGAAAAGAUCCUGUAUGCGAACGUCGCAGAAAGGCAAAGCCUGUUUCAAACCGGUCGUUCUACUGCCGCUCUUAGCUAGCACGACUUGGUUUAAAACGUCGAAUUCAACUCAUUCAGUACCUUUCCAUGAAUAACUUUGCAUGAGCUUUGUAACUGCUGUCCCAUUUUAAUUACUACUACGCUCACAGUCCUGGCUGGGGAUACUUAGGCCAAUUUAGUAGAGAAAAUUUAUAACACGAAACUCUAUAGGAAAAAAUAUUGUUAUAAUCUCUGUUUAUUUAUUUAUUUAUCCAUUCAAAUUAAAGGACAAGCAUGCGCUAAGUCAUAUGAACGGUUACGCCGGAAAACCGGUCAGAGGUUUUUGCAUUAGACUGAGGCAUAAUUCAAGACUUCCGUUAAAAUUCCGUUAAGAAAUUGUGUAAAUCGCUCCUGUUUACCAGAAAAAUGGCCACAAAAAGCCUUAAAACAUAGAAAUAAGACAGAGACGGAGAAACGCGUUAACUUCCGUUUUUAACAUUCAGGAUGCGGAAAACACGGCAACUUUUUCGAAGUUACGUGUCUUCCACGAAAUGUUCGCUGGAUUUACACAGAAAUUCUACCCAAGCCGAUUUUCAGAAAAUUAGUCGUAAAUGUGGUACUAUGACUCUGUUUGCUGAAAUGGAAAUUUAAAAUUCCCUUCUAUUUCUCUCCGCUCUAGGGGCUGUGGGAACUCUCGCCUAUGCUUUCUGUCAGGUCUACCCUGAAAUGAAGAUAACAGUUUGUGACUAGGAGCCAGUCGUAACUUCAGCUCAUCACUUCCGACCAUCAGUUGAAGCUUGCCCAAAUCAAGCCAAUGUUUUCUUUGUGGUCGGCGAUUUCUUCAAACCUGAAACCAUACCAAAGGCUGAGCUGUAUGUGUUGUCUCACGUUCUCCACAACUGGUCAGAGGAUAAAGUUGACUUGAUUCUUUCAAAUGUCUACAAGUGAUUACCCUCAGGUAAUUUUAAUAGAAAGAAAGUUUUACCGUUCUUUAAGGGAUCCAGCACGCACGUGCGGAAGUACGUGCGUGCGCCGUCACGGGCCAUAAUUAAAUCCAAGCAGAAAAUACUACGUUCCGCAAAUUCGGAUAAAAAAAACGGGGUUUAUUAUCUCUCUGGUUUAAUUAGAGACUGAGAAAGCAUCAAGGAUUACAUUUCAAGCAGGAAAGCUGUAAAUGAUCAAUGUGAAUGAAAUCCUACACACGAGCGUCAAAACUCGUGGCUUAGUGACGGCAAAACACUUAACACUCCCAUAUUAAAGUCCAAUCUUACAAGAAACGCCGUAACAGCUUUACAAUGAUUUCCCUCAUGAAUUGUAACCAAAACGAACUUUAAUUUUGAAUUCACGGUCUUAAGUGAAAUGAGCCCGCGAACUGACUGAUGAAGAAGUGCUUUGGUAACAAAGGGCGUUUUAAUCUAGCAUGUAGCCUACACGGUAAAGGUUGACAGUGCAUAUAGAAAUGGCGUAUAAGAUUAUUGUAUGACCAGUGUUGAAGAACCUUAUUGGGGGUACUAGCAGGUUCUAACAACAAACAGACGAGUUCUUGUUCAAUCGACUCUCUUUAAUUCUUCAGUCAGAAGCCACGAAGUUAGCACAAUUCGUACUUUACAAUUCUCCACUAGAUCAGUGUUACACGCAUUUUUAUAUCAGCCAGGAAACCAGCUGCUUGGCGUAAGCCGAAUGCUGACGUAAGUCUAAUCCGAUUGGUUAAAACAGUUUCAUUAGCAUGAAACCUUCGAAGUAAUUGCUUUGUCGAAAUGACUCUUCAACCGAAGGUUUCACUGCUAAGCUUAAGUCAACUGGCCAAUAUAAAGCUAGGAGAACAAUAUAAAAACUACAAGGUAUAUACAGUGGAACCCCGAUACAACGAUCCUCGAUAUAACGAUAUCCCCGGUAUAACGAUAGAUAUACUAUGUCCCGGCAAAAGUUACAGUAAAAUGUAUGGGACAGAACCCCGAUAUAACGAUCCUCGAUAUAACGAUAUUCCCGAUAUAACGAUGAGUUUUUAGCGCACCGAGCGUAAAAUCUUCCCCGAUAUAACGAUAUUACAGUACCAGUACACCGAUACAAUCGUGCAUGCUAGCUCUCAUGCAAGGGGACAAGUCAGACUCUGAUGAUGAUAUAUCAGUGAUUGAACCUACGCCCCUAGGCUUGACUCCUGUGCAAGCUACUGAAGCUGUCAAAGCAAUUAGAGAUUUUAUUAUUACGUUGGAUGAUUCAGGCGAACGAGAGAGAGAAUUCCUUUCCUCUCUUUCAGCGAUGGAGGAUGCGUUUUCAAGAUUGCAAAUAAAACAAAUGAGACAGCGAACAGCGAAAAGUAAAGACGAUUACAGUCGCAACUUCAAAUGUUUAAGUUUUGUUUUGUUUCCCUUUUACGAUUCAUACCACAGACUUUGUUGUGUAACCAUGAUAACGUCUUAAUACUUUGCAAAUUGUUUAAGGACAUUGCUACGUGCUUGAAACGCUACAUUUGUGAGUCAUUUGAUACUCAUUACAAGUUUAAUUAAACAAUAUGUAGUAAAAAAAGUACAUGUUAAUUUUACCUUGAUAGAACGAUAUUUUCGGUUAUUUUACCACAAUAUCGUUAUAUCGGGAGUCUCGAUAUAACGAUACCUCGAUAUAACGAUCUAAUUCCACUACUCCCUUGGGAUAUCGUUAUAUCGGGGUUCCACUGUACCAGUAAACAGACUUUUCAUACUAACAGAUAGGAAAGUACUAAAAUUACAGUUUGAAAAUCCAAGGUUGUUGUCAAUUUACAGAAGGUGUUUAAACACCUUCGAUGAAGAAGCUUAAAAGCUUCUUCAUCGAAGAUGAUUGGCUACAACUUUUCCAUAAUUUAACCACGAACGUGAUCGCAAACUUAAAGGAUAAAUUAAGAAUGCAGUUCAAAGUACAAGGCAGAAUUUAAAACAAUAGUUGUUUGAUUACAAAAGCACCUAUAAAACCACUAAGCUUAAUAAAAGUUAUCCACUGCCAAGAAUUCGGUUAAAAACUCGAGGAAACACGCUUAAAACUCUUAAAAAACAAGCAGGGUAGUCAGUUCCUGGUAAAUAUCGAAGGGAGACCAGAUAAAGGUCAAGGAUGUCAAACUAGACAAAAUACUUAAUAUAAACAAAGCUUUGUCACCUGUCAAAGGGAAACAUAUCUCAUAAACAGAAGUGUUACCGCGGAGAUGCACCAAAUUGGUACAUCUCCUUUGUACCGAAUUCAUGUCAGGAGAAACUUUCUAUCGAUCAUCAAUUAACUUAGAAAACCAAUCCUACUAGUAGUGAAGUAGCUUAUUCAAACCAAUCAACAAGAACGCUUAUAACAACUCCACUACAAACAUAUAUUGUAACAAUUGUCACAAGUGGCUAACCUUGAACUCUUCAAUCAACAUUUUCCAGGGGCACCCAACGGCAAUUUUCGGGAAAAUAUCUGCUCGGAGCAUUUUUUGUAAAAUUUCCUGCUUGCCUGCUUCUCCUAGGAUUUUCGAACAUCUACAAAAUGGUAUAAUUACCCAUUUUUAACGGAUUUUGACCCUAAAAAAGGCCACCUAGAAUUUUCGGGAGCCUUUUCGUGGCUGAAAUUUUCGAGAAGGUAAGUUUUUAUCCCUAAAAAUUUCGGAUCACUAGACUUUCAGCUAGGAAAUCCGAACAGAUGAAAAGUUUUUAGGAGAUGAAAAUAUGCCUAUAUCUACCGUUUGAAUACUAAAAUACGUUCAACAAUGCUAUGUUAAGUGGUUUUCAACCAUAUCCUCGUUGGGUGCCCCUGAUUUUCCUUCAACAAGACCAAAGAGAAUGAAUCAACAGAAAUCAUUUUCUUAUUUCGGGAGAGGAUGUCGUUUGAUUAUAUAUAUAGUGCUGAUGCGUAGGAGUUAACACCAAGUAAAAUGAGUCAAAUUGCUUUUUAUGAUAUUCUUCCUUAACCUAUAAAUAUUUCCCGAGACGAAUAAAUUUGCAAUAAAUCCCAAACACCGAAUAAAAUUCCUUCAAUAAUGUUAAGUCAAAAACGUGCGCACUGCGAACAUUUUCGAUCGCUUCCAUUUUUAUUGUUUAACACCAGUCUUCUCUCUUGCUAACCUGACUUCGACAACGUUGGAGACCUUUUAACUCUCUCAGUAACUGAGGGACUAAAAUCGUCUGAAAUUCAGGCUACUCUGUUGCCAUAAAAAGGCAAACAACGCACCAUUUUUCAUAGCUCUUUUAUUUUUUUAGGUGGGGGACUCCUCAUUUGCGAACGGAUUUUAAACGAAGACAAACGUGGCCCAUUACCUUCUCUCAUUUACAGCCUUCUAAUGUUGGUGUCCACAGGUGGAAAAGAGAGAUCAGCUCCAGAAUACAAGCAUCUCCUAGAAAAGCAUGGGUUUAUAGAUGUUCAAGCGAAACGUGUUUAUUUUACUCAAGAUGCCAUUUUCUGCAGAAAGAUGUAACAUGCAGCAACCAUUGCAUAAAAUUAAGUUGAACACUGCCUUACGCUUGACUUAUGGUCAUUGAAUGCCAGUGAAUCGAGUUUAUAUUACAUUAGAAUUGGGUAUCCUUUCGUAGUAGGAUAGCCAUGGCAGCAGUGGCUAUGGCUGCUAUGGCACCGAGCGCAAAU